CUGUGCCGCAGGGAAAGGACUCUAAGCACACGAUCCAGCGACCCGGUGUGGACAAAGAAACACAAUAAAACGAAAACGAAGGCACAGCACUCAGCUCCACUCGCAAUAAAGGAGCGGUACCGUCCCCUGGAGCCCGAAUGGCUAAAAAAGGCGGAAGAAUUGCUACUACGAAGAAGCCAAGAAUGUUUCAAAGAGGAAAGAAAGGCUGUGGAGAGCCAGCAACCCCUAGACCGGAAGAGCAAACUUAAACGGCUGGAUAUCGCCGUGAACGAUGGGCUUAUAAGGAUCCGCGGCAGGAUCGACGCCGCCGAAGAACUCGACCGCGAUCUCAGGCAGCCAGUAGUGUUAGACGCGAAAGAUGACAUUACGAAGUUGAUCCUGACCCAUUACCACGAUAAGUUCAAUCCCGGUAACCACGCUACCGUGAUGAACGAAGUAAGGAGAAGGUUUUGGGUCCUGGGCCUGAGAUCAGCGGUGCGAGAGAUAGCCCAUCGAUGCCAGUGGUGUCUAGUACGUAAGGGCACUCCGAAGACCCCACCCACAGGAGAUCUACCGCGGGAACAGCUCCGAUACGGCGAGCCACCUUUCACUUGCCCCGACGGGCGAACGCGCGUAGUAGACGUGCGCACCUCCACUGGCCUUAUAAAAAGGCCGAGCUCGAAGAUUGUAAGGCUGGUGAGCCAGCCCACCGUUGAAGACAAGAUCGCCGAGCAGCAGCGCGGCGGUCCGGAACAGCUUCGCGUCGCCGGACAAGAGGAUGGUGCGAAGCACGAGGGGGAGGAUGUCGGCGACGCAGCUAAUACUUAG